CUUGGGGGGGGGGAGGGGGUGUGGUUGAUGCUUGUGGCUGCGGGAUGCGGAGCCCCCGCGGGUUCGAGCCCCCGCGUGGGCCGGACGGGGCUGCGCGUCCGUGUGCGCCCCGGGGCGUUUGCGGAAAGAGGUUCCGCCUCUCGGCCCUGCGUGGAAAGCAAAAUCUCCGCCUGCCUCUCCGCUGCGGUGGGGCAGGGGACCCAGGCAUUCAUUGCACCCAGGGCCCUGGUUUGCCCCGGGCUGCGUGGGACAGCACUGUCACACCCCUUGGACACUUUGCCAACACAGGAUUGCAGGGGCAGGCGGAGACUCCGGCUCUCCCCGGGGUGUGGGAGGUUUGCCCUCCUGAGCACUGCUGCCCUGUGGUUGCUCCUCAUUCAUGAUCCACGAAGGAUCUUUUGAGCCCCAUCUAGGGGAGAACAACUUUGAGAAGUAUAUGACUUUUCUUUUGCAUCACAGACAAGAAUCAGGUUAUUUUGAAAGGUGGAAACACAUUUCACAGCUUUAUCCUUUUUUUUUUUUUUUUUUUUUUUUUAAAUAUGGAGAAAGUUCAGAAAAGUAAAUAUUGGAUGUAAUAAAAAUCUGCUUAUUCACAAAUCUCUAUACAAGGCUGUUAAUUACACAAUAGUGAGGCGCUUCCUUUAAGGAGUGGAUUAUUAUAGAAUGAAAUUACAUUUUGUUUCUCCCACGUGACUUUAAAACACUCCUUUGCUAAAACGUUUGCCAGUGUUUCCGUGUGAUAGUUCUGUUGAUUUUGUUAUUUUUAUAUUGCGUGGGUUGAAGUUCAACACAGAUGUGCAAUGGGCUGUGUAUGCAGAGGGAGACUAGUUGGGAAAUCGCCAACCCAGUGCAAUAACAUUGACACAACUGCCAUGGUGGGAGCAGUAGUGUCAAUAGAUAAGGUAUAGGUAUCUUCAUCAUCAUAUCAGCUAUCUCUUCCCGGAGCAGGUCUAGAAAACUUGAUAAAAAUGCAGCUGUAUCAGCAUAAAAGAGAGGAAACUUCCUUAGGGAGGCUAGUGAAGGCAAGACCUGAUAUGAUGAACAUUCUGCUGAGUUUUCUGGAUUCUCUCCAGGAAGGACUUCGUUUUAUGGCCGAUUCAGGCAUUUCUUGGACAUCGUUGACCCCCGCACUCUCUUUGUUACUGAGAGUCGUCUUAAAGAAGCUGUGCAGUUGCUGGAGGAUUAUAAACAUGGGACUUUACCCCCUGGAGUCACCAACAAAGAGCUUUGGGGAGCUCAAAAAAUAAAGCAGGCCAUCAUACAUCCUGAUACUAACGAGAAGAUCUUCAUGCCUUUCAGAAUGUCAGGUUACAUUCCUUUUGGAACACCCAUCGUUGUUGGUCUUCUCCUGCCAAACCAGACGCUGGUGUCCACUAUUUUUUGGCAGUGGUUGAAUCAGAGCCAUAACGCAUGUGUCAACUACGCAAACCGAAAUGCAACUAAGCCUUCUCCAACAUCCAAGUUCAUCCAGGGCUACUUGGGAGCUGUCAUAAGUGCUGUCUCAAUUGCAGUGGGCCUUAAUGUUCUGGUUCAGAGAGCAAACAAGUUUACGCCAGCCACCCGUCUCCUGAUCCAGAGGUUUGUGCCAUUCCCUGCUGUAGCUAGUGCCAAUAUCUGCAAUGUUGUCCUGAUGAGGCACACAGAGCUGGAAGAAGGGAUUGAUGUCCUGGACAGUAACGGAAACAUUGUCGGAUCUUCCAGAAUUGCUGCCAAGCAUGCACUGAUAGAGACAGCCCUGACUAGAGUGGUCCUGCCAAUGCCUAUACUGGUUCUACCUCCAAUUAUUAUGUCUAUACUGGAAAAAACGUCUCUCCUGCGAGCCCGUCCCCGGAUGGUUCUCCCAGUGCAAGGCUUUGUGUGCCUCGCAGCCUUUGGCCUGGCUCUUCCCUUGGCCAUCAGUCUCUUUCCACAGAUGUCGGAGAUUGAGACAUCUCGACUGGAGCCAGAAAUUGCAAUGGCCACUACCAAUAAGACGGUUGUCUACAAUAAAGGAUUGUAAGUGGAAGUGGAUCCUCUCAGCACAGAAGAUGGGGGAGCAAAGGGGGAAGCUCACAGUUACUUCUGGGGGGAAAAACAAACACUAGAACUCAGAGAUAGUAACAUAUUACCACUCUCAGGAGCUGGGAGUGAAUUAACACUUUCAGAAUACUGACACCUCACAUCAGUCAAAAAGAUUCAUAUUAAAAGUUUUAAAUUAGCAACAAGAACAAAAACAAAUGACUUUCAAGCACGUUAGAGAACUAGCUACAAUAUAAUGUCUUGAAUUAGAAACAGCACUGCAUGGAAAGGAGUUUAAUGAUAUGUUGACAUGGGUAUGCCUAACUCUCUGUGAAAGUAGACUACGCAAGACAAUUUUGUUUUUUAAUAAGAAUUAAAUCUCAACACUUGGAUGCUGCACAGAAAUAAGUCUGUAGAAAUCGAUUGAUGCAUGAGUUAGAACCGCUAGAUAGGGCAUUUGAUAAGUGUACUGUAUUGAUUCAAUGUCAAUAUUGCACCAGUAAUCAUGCACAAAAACAAUGUUCCUUGGUUAGGUUUGUGACACUUUGAUUCUAAACAAAUAACACAAUGAAGGUCAUAGCCUGUGUGCCCUCCCUCCCUCUCCGACAAACAACCAGGAUGGUAUCCUGGCAUUCACUGGAUUUACAAGACAUUCUGUGUGAUUCGAGCCUAAUGCACUAGCAUAUUUGCAGGUUUUGCCCAGGCUAGCAAGCUAAUGAAAAGUCAACCUGCUAAGUUACAGUGCACAGAAUGGGAAGAAAUCUGCAAGUAUAAAGAAAACAGAUCUGUCCUUUAACUUUGCAUAAUGGACCAAAUGCUGUUCUCAUUUACAUUGACAUACCCCUAGAGUAAAUUCAGGGGCUUCUGUUAAAUUAUACCGCUAUAAAUGAGAGCAGUAUUAGGCCUAAUGGUGAAGGGCCAGAUCCUUGGCUGAUGUAAGCCAUCAGGACUCCAUGCAUUUCAGUGGGACUCUGUUGAUUGACACUAUUGGAGACUCUGACUUAUCUCAUAGAUCAUAUUUUAAUUGCUCACACCACAGUAAUUCCACUGCAGCCAGUGGAGUUACUGCAGAUUUAGGCUGGUGUUACAGAGCUUAGAAUAUGUCCCAUUGGUGCAUUUCACCAAUGAAUACAUUUAGAAUGAAAGGAUCUUUAUCCUGGUACGAUGGUAAUGGGUACUAUAGAAAUGCAUAUAUUAUAAUGAUUAAAAUGCCAGGUUGGGUUUGGGGCUUUUGGGGGAAAUGUAUACAAAUGGGGUCUUGUAAUGUUUCAUAGUGGCAGGCCUAUGUGUUACUCCAGUUUUAUUCUAGUCUGACUCCUCACUGGAGUUACACCAGUAUAAACUUGGAGUUACACUGUGAUGGAUUAAGCCAAAGGGAUCUGAUUCUGCUCCCAUGCUGGUGUAAAUCAGGAGUAACUGCGCAGAAGUCAGUGGAAUUACACCAGUGUCUAAAACCAGCCUAAGUGAGAGGAGAAUCAGUCUCAAAGCAUUCUAGCCAUACUUAACUUAGUGGACCAAAUGAUGUUUUCAUUUACCAUGGUGUAAAUCCAGAGUAAUUUCACUUAUGGGUCCUAUUUUGGAUUUACCCCAGGGUAACAGACAGCAGAAUUUAACCCAAUAUAGUUCUUUUAAUGCACGAGAUCACAUGGAUGUACAUGAGUGAGGCAGCCAGUGUCUGCUGAGCAAUAGCCAAGCCUAAGGAGUUUAGAAGGAGACAGACGGGAAUAAAUGUGCUGUACCAAGGCACAGAAGUAUAAGAAAUAGUAAGAAUGGACUUUGAUGGGUGCAGAAAAUGACGGGGGAAGCAUAUAUUCUGAAGUAUGUUCCACCAAUGCACAGAUGGAACAUGGAAAUAUUGGGCUGUUGCUCCUCUUACACAAUGGUUUUCCCCCAGAGCGACUCUAUCCUCGCCAAAGGCGCUGCCCCUCGUGCUCACUGGCAUGGGAGGAGAUUCAAGCCCAGGGGCGUUAGAAUGGUGUAUCCUGGGGGCGAGGUAGUCAGGCCUGCAAAGUCCCGUUCUGCCAGCCACACGCUGCAUUAUCCUCAGGACACACAGAGCCAGAUACUCAGCAGGUGUAAAUUCGUGCCACUCCCUUGAGAUCAGUGGAACUCUACUGAUUUACACCAUCUGGCCACCUGAAGAACUGAUUCUUCACUGUCUUGUGCCUCAUGUCAUGCACACCUGCACUUGCAAUGGGGGCCUGAUCCAAAGCCCAUUCAGGUCAAUGCCAUACUUUCCAUUGGCUUCAGCAGGCUUUGGUACAGGCCCAAAGUGAGUGCAAGAGCCAUACCUUUUUGGUGUGGUAACAUCGUACAUCCACUUUGCACUGGUAUCUAAAAUGACACAAGGGGGAAUCCAGCACAGAAUCAGGCCCAUUGAUUCCAAGCAGUGUGUACGUGGGUUAUGUGGCUCGCAGCAGCAAUGAAAAGCCAGGCCUACCACUGCAGCUAGGUAAGAAAUGGAGCACGCAAAGAGGUGAAGCAUAAAAAUCCCAACCUGCCACUGAGAAACACAAACCACUUUGGACAAAAACACAAAUCACAGAAUUAGCAAAAGAAAACUGGGGCUUUUCAUUGCUGCACUGGUUGGGUGGAAGAUAAAAGCCAAAUUAAUAUAAACCUGAGCCCCACAACUGGUGGAGACACACAUGCACGUAUAUAUGUGGUGGAGAAAAACUAGUAUUAAAAAUGUGCCAAAUGUGUAACAGCUAAACUGAGUUUAAAGUGAAGAUGAAUAAUCUCAUGUUCCUAAUGAAUGCAGAAACCAAACUGGAUCUCGUUGUAUGCAGCACAACCUGUGUUCUGUAUUGUUCUGAACUGAAAUCCAAGUGGCGAACAAAAUCAGCUGCUUCUGUUAACAAUGA